AUGGUAACGGGGUUGCCUGCAUUCUAUCAAGUGAUUAGUUAUUCGUUAGUUGAACGGGAACAGACAGAGCUGUUUCACACGCCUACUUCUGUGUCACCGACGAAAAAGACGGCGGAACUGAGGGGUGUUGUGGAGAAAGAGCAACGCUUGAAAAUACCCAACGUUAGUGCUCUUUGCGGAUUACAUAUUGGUACACCGGUUUUGAUUCGCUGGACUUCUCAUAGCAAGAAAUUCCCGACAGAAGAUGUGAAUAUCUACGAGAAAAAGUAG